AGUCUUCCAGCAGGGUUCUGAAAGCAGCCUGCCCCCAUCGCGCCCCUCGGAUGUGGACACCCAGGGUGGGCUCCAGACCGCGGCCGGGCCGCGCUCUCUGGAGGCGAGGGCCAGGCCAGGUGGCUGCACUAUCUCCCAGCAGCGAGUAAAGAUUCGAAACUGAGGGAUUCAGAGCCCUAGUCACUCUACUUGUCCAGGGUUGGAACCCCUGGGGGAAAGAGGAAAUGUGGACGAAGGCAGCCCUCCCCGGAGACAGCUUGGAAGAGAGAGAUGAAGAUGCAAAAAGCAAAACCCAACCUAUCGAGUGCCACCUCCCCGGUGACAGGCCCCCAGCGUUGCUCUGCGCUUUCGCUGAAUGAACUCCUGAGCACGUUUUUCCGUUGCCUAGGAAGGGUUGGGCCGCAGGUUUCGCCAGUGCUCGACAACCCACCUGGAGAUAGCGGGUCCGGGAGGGAGCUGCGAGGCGGGCGGACUCCUGUUGCUCAGUCUUCAAACCGAAGCACAGCAUCAUCUGCACCGGGACCCAGAGUGGGGGGAACACUUGGAGACUGAGAGAGAGGAGGCUUGAGGAAUGAACCUUAGUCGGUUCUAAGCCACAGCCCCUGUCUCAGGUCGUUUUGGCUUCCUUUCCUUCUCUUUGUAUUUGAAUUUAAAAACAUUCCUGAAUCUCAAGUGCUUUUGCUUGAAGUGGGGGGGGGGAGGAGGAGAAAAGAAUAGAAGCAAGCCAAGCUUCCUAAGCGAGCUCUGAAAGGGGAAAUCCAUUCUCUGCAAACCUCGUUCCCAUUUCUGAAAACUGAUAGACUGAUAUCGUAAACUAAAGGUCAUGAGGGUUUUUUCCCCCCGAUUUGAGGGAUUUGUUCUGUUAAAAGGAAUUUUAAAGCACCACUGGAGAAAAUAAUUUUGCGUCAGUUUCCCUAAACUGUCUUUAAAAUGGGUUGCCAUAAUUACAGAUCUUCUUUUCUCUCACCUCUAUAAGCCACCGUUUUCAGGUCAUCUGAAGUCAAGAUUUCCAGCCUUUUGAAUGGACUGAUGUGUUCUAAGCCCGAAGACCCAGUAGAAUACUUGGAAAGUUGUUUACAGAAAGUCAAGGAACUGGGUGGCUGUGACAAGGUGAAAUGGGAUACAUUUGUAAGCCAGGAAAAGAAGACCUUACCUCCGCUAAAUGGAGGACAGUCACGGAGAUCCUUUCUAAGAAAUGUAAUGCCUGAAAAUUCAAACUUUCCAUAUCGGCGGUAUGACCGGCUCCCUCCAAUCCAUCAAUUCUCCAUAGAAAGUGACACGGAUCUCUCUGAGACUGCAGAGUUGAUUGAGGAGUAUGAGGUUUUUGAUCCUACCAGACCUCGACCAAAAAUCAUUCUUGUUAUAGGUGGUCCAGGAAGCGGAAAGGGUACUCAGAGUUUGAAAAUUGCAGAACGAUAUGGAUUCCAAUACAUUUCUGUGGGAGAAUUAUUAAGAAAGAAGAUCCACAGUACCAGCAGCAAUAGGAAAUGGAGUCUUAUUGCCAAGAUAAUUACAACUGGAGAACUGGCCCCGCAGGAAACAACAAUUACAGAGAUAAAACAAAAAUUGAUGCAAAUACCUGAUGAAGAGGGCAUUGUUAUUGAUGGAUUUCCAAGAGAUGUUGCCCAGGCUCUAUCUUUUGAGGACCAAAUCUGUACCCCCGACUUGGUGGUAUUCCUGGCUUGUGCUAAUCAGAGACUCAAAGAAAGAUUACUGAAGCGUGCAGAACAGCAGGGCCGACCAGACGACAAUGUAAAAGCUACCCAAAGGAGACUAAUGAACUUCAAGCAGAACGCUGCUCCAUUGGUUAAAUACUUCCAGGAAAAGGGGCUCAUCAUGACAUUUGAUGCCGACCGUGAUGAGGAUGAGGUGUUCUAUGACAUCAGCAUGGCAGUUGACAACAAGUUGUUUCCAAACAAGGAGGCUGCAGCAGGUUCAAGUGACCUUGAUCCUUCAAUGAUAUUGGACACAGGAGAGAUCAUUGAUACAGGAUCUGAUUAUGAAGAUCAGGUAAUUAAAAUCUAAAAAUAGUUCUUUAUUUAAAUGUUUUUAAGUUGAACCUUUGUUUUAUGAAAAUUUGAAUUAUAAAAACGCAUUUUGUGAAAUAUAUACAGAUAACUGAUAACAUAUUACGUGAU